UGUUCAAAAUGUAUAAAUGGUUACUCAGAAUGCUGUACAUCCUCUGUUUUUCAGGCCUUUCCUUGUAAAUGAAUUGGGUCCACAACACCUUCUUCAUGAUAGAAGGAAGGUAUAUGAGUGUCUUGAAAUGCAUGGAAUUCCUGUUCCAAGAUAUGCCCUUGUAAAUAGAGAAGUGCCGUAUCAAGAGCUGGAUUAUUUUGUUGAGGAAGAAGAUUUUAUUGAGGUUCACGGGAAUCGCUUUUGGAAGCCUUUUGUGGAGAAGCCUGUUAAUGGCGAUAACCACAGCAUUAUGAUAUAUUACCCUAGUUCAGCUGGUGGGGGUAUGAAAGAAUUGUUCCGGAAGUUUCUCUUGAUUGAAGUGAGUGAUUCUCUUUCAAAUCAAUUGAUCACGUUGAGUGACCUUCAUACCUAA